AUCGGGCUCUACCAAUUCGGCAGAGGGUGACUGUUCUACGGCUGCAUACAGCAUCAAUUUCAUUUCCUAAAACAGGAAAAGGAUGGAGUUAAUGCAAUGGUUUAUUAUGAUUUUGAUGGAGUACAUAAACAGAAAAUAUUUGCUAAAAUCAAUCAAUCUAUUUGAAAUGAUAAGCCUCAUACCUCGUAAUUGACGUACUGUUUCCUCCAUUCUGGUGUUAUGUGAGCUGCAAGAUGUUCUGUAAACUUCAUAAUGGAUGGUAUUUGAGAUCUAAAAAGUAAAAACUAUUUAUAAACAGGCUCAAUCAUAUUUUUUCAAUUUGAAGUCCAUUAUUAGAAUCAAAAUAGUUUAACCCCAUUUUAUAAGUCAAACUAACCUCCAAAUCUUGAACAAAAUCAGUCAGCUGAUUCUCUUGCUUAGAUAAGUGAUAAUCAUUUAUUGAAUGUUUUUAUCAAAAUUAAGAUUAUUAAUCAAAUAGAUCAAAUUAGAAAUUUGAAGUGAUUUUAUUUUUGAAUAUAUAGUUCAAUGAUUAGAAUUCAAAAACUUUUACACAGCAUUACCAACCAUUAAAAUUGUAUUGUGACGCAUUUUGAUGCAAUCACCUGUUCCAUUUUCAAUCUAAAAUCAAAACAAAGGGAGUGUCGUGUCUUGUUUAUUGUCAAAACUUUGCUAAAUUUUGCGUUUAUCUAAAGUUGUCAGUGUUUAUUAGCAUUUUAAAAUGAGUGUUGAACGUAUAGUUGAAGUUGUGGACCCACCUGAGUCGGUAAAUACAUCCGAACAAUUUGAAAAAAUUAACAUUGAAGAUGCUAUGGAUCCCAAGUCAGAAACUGUUGGCGAAUCAGAGUCAGAUGCUGAAAAAGGCAAGAAAAAGCGAAUACCACGCAGAGUUCUGCAUUUCAGUGACGGUGUGAUUGAAGAGUACAGCACUGAUGAGGAAACCGAUGAUCCAGAUACUUGCAAAAAACAAACUGUCAACGAAACAAUGGCUAUCAAUCCUAAAUCUCUAACGUGGGGACCAUGGUUCUGGUAUCAGUCUGUGGUACUCGGUUCGAGGACCCUGGAGGUAUGCGAUUAUUUGGGAGAAAGUUUGGCCUCGUUUUUCGGAAUCACCACUCCCAAAUACCAGUACGAAAUGGACUACUACAAGAAUCUCAAGGCUGAGGAAGAGGAGCAGAAGAAACAACAGGACCUGGAGAUGGGCGGUUGGGUGGACACAUCCAACACUCCCCCCUCCGCCGAUGGAUCAGCAGCCAACACGCAUGCGCAAACAACGCCGCCCGUUGUGACAAGAUGCAAACCGCUGGGUCAAAAUUCUGAUGAAAAGGGAUAUUCUGGAAAGUGCACCACUGUGUUGAAUUUUUUGAAAAAGACAAACAUCAGUUCCUCUUCCGUUGAUAUUAUUGUGAUAAAUUUUUGUUAGUAUUACUCACGUGUAGCUUAAAAUGUUAUUUUUAAUUUCUAACAUCUCAUAUACAUUAAUAUAUACUCCAAUAGAGCUGCA